AUGCAGAACAGCACAGAGGUGAAUGAAUUUACUGUUGUGGGACUGACAGAUGCCCCAGAGCUUCAGGUAAUCCUCUUCAUAACACUGGUGGGAAACGUGGGGAUAAUUGUGCUGAUUUACUUAGAUCCCCCACUCCACACUCCCACGUACUUUUUCCUUAGCAAUCUGUCUUUGGUGGAUUGUGUUUAUUCAUCAAAUAUUACUCCCAAAAUGAUGGCUGGGCUUCUCACAGGAAACAAGGUCAUCUCCCAUGAUAGCUGUGCUGCUCAAAUGUUCUUCUUUGUGGCCUUUGCUAGUGUGGACUUUUUCCUCCUGGCUGUUAUGGUGUAUGAACACAAUGCAGGCAUAUGUAAGCCUCUCCAUUAUACCACCAGUAUGAGAGCAAAUCUGUGCACACAACUGGUGACUGACUGCUAUAUCUGGGGUAUCAUUGAGUCCUCCAUCCACAUUGGCUUUACCUUUCACUUCUCCUUCUGGGGUUCAAAUAUAGUCCAUCAUUUUUUCUGUGAAAUUCCCCUAAUUCUGGUUCUCUCCUGUUCUUAUAUCCAUAUCAAUGAAGUGAUACUCUUCGUCUUGACUGUCUUCAAUGUCAUUUUUGCCCUCCUCAUCAUCCUGAUCUCCUACUUGUUCAUUUUCAUCACAUUCCUGAGAAUGCAUUCUGCAGAGGGCCCACAGAAAGCCUUUUCCAGCGAUACCUCACACCUGACAGCAGCGUCUAUAUUCUAUGAGACUGUAAUCUUCAUGUACUUACAACCCAACUCAAGUCAUUCUAUGGACAAUGACCAAAUGGGCUCAGUGUUCUACACCAUAGUAAUCCCUAUGCUGAACCCUCUUCUUUAUAGUCUGAGGAACAAAGAGGUCAAUAAAGCCUUUAGGAAAGCUUUUCAGAGGGCAAAGCCUCUGGUUUUCCAGUGUCUUGUACGAUGA